AUGGCUUUGGAGGCUUUCCUGGAACGCAACAACCAAUUGGGAAUCCCUCGAAUACUACCUAUUAAUGGUUCUGGAGGGAUUUUAGAGUCUCUGAGCUCUAACAGUUCAAAUAGAAGGGAAGGGUGUUCGGGAUCCUUGCUUGGAAUGGCACAAUUGGAUUCAAAUUUGGCUUCCAAUGUUUUAACUUCAACGGCUCUGGUAAACUUUUCAAGUUUGAGGCCAGCAAUAGGUGCAAAUACUACUGUAGCCAAUGCUGACUUGACCUUCCCAAGUGGUGCUUAUUUACAUGGAAAUGACAGUAGUAACAUGGAACCUUACAUCAGCCUAUCUGCAUCUUCCAUGCCAUUCUCAUUGAAUGUUCCAAUGAAUGCAUCUCCUGCAGAGAAAACACUUUCUCAUCUAUGUCGAAGGAGUCAACAGGAGCGAAAAAGGAAAGAACUAGCACAAGCUUCAGGUUCUACGGAUUUGUCCAAGUCAAAAUCGCAAACUCGUCAAGUUUCACAUGCUGUCAAAAUUAAACAGGAGCCUGAUAUUAUUACUCAAAUGCUGAAAAAACCAAGAAUUGAUGUCAACCAAGAGGACAUCCAGCAGCAACAAAUUAUUAAACAAUUCUUGUUGAGGCAGCAACUCAAGCAAGUGCAAGAUUAUAAUUCCCAACUCAAGGAAUUGACUCAGCAGUAUAGCCAGAAAAAUCAGUUGCAUCAGCAGAUUUUGCAUUCAAUUUCACAGCUAAGUGGAAGUCAUUCUCAACAACCAGCACAGCAGAUGAGACCUCUCUUACAAGACCUUGGAAAUCAACAAGUGUCAUUCGCAAAUUUGAUUGACGUUGAUAUUUGUUCUGAACGAGUUAUGCAGUAUCUAUAUCAUCUGCGGAACCGACCAAAUGGCAACAAUAUAUGUUACUGGAGAACAUUUGUAUCAGAGUAUUAUGCCCCUGGCUCAAAGAAAAGGUGGUGUUUAUCUAUGUAUGAAAAUAUUGGGCAAUAUUCCCUUGGUGUUUUCUCCCCCAAAUCUAUGGGGACAUGGUGUUGUGACAUCUGUGGUUCGAAAUCCGGGAAGGGUCUUGAGGCAACUUUUGAGAUGUUUGCUAGACUUUUCAAGAUAAUGUUUGAUAGUGGCAUGAUCGAUGAGAUUUUCUUCCUGGAAAAGCCUCAAGCAUGUAGAUUGUCCUCUGGAUUAUUGAUGCUGGAAUAUGGGAAAGCAGUUCAAGAGAGCGUGUAUAAGAAUUUUCGUGUUGUUCGGGAGGGUAAACUUCGCAUUGUUUUCCGACAUGACCUAAAGAUACUGUCUUGGGAAUUUUGCGCACGACAUCAUGAUGAAUUUUUGUCUCAUAGAUUGGUUGCUUCACAGGUUAAUCAGUUUGUUUUUGCUGCUCAGAAAUAUCAUGACAACAUACUGGACUGUUCAUCUGAUUGUUCAUCUGAUAGGGUCUCACCUCAUGAUAUGCAAUCAACUUGCAAUAUGUUUGCAGCUGCAGGGCACCAACUUGCAAGGAAUAUGAAAUUACCCCUGGUGAAUGACUUGGGAUUUCCAAAAAGAUUUAUUCGGUCCUUGCAGAUAGCUGAAGUUGUCAAUAGCAUGAAAGAGCUCAUUUCAUUUAGUCAUGACAGAAAAAUUGGACCAAUCGAGAGCUUGAACAAUUAUUCUCAAGGCAGUUGGACAAACCAGACAAACAAGAAACAAGGUAUGGAGCAAUGGGCAAUUGCAAAGCAGCCUUGUCCUGGAAUCUCGUGCCCAGUUGAUAACAGGGUAUUGUUUGGGGCGGGAGAGGUGAUAUCGGCACUGGACAAUUAUCAAUGUCAAUUGCUUAUGCAGAACUCCGGUGAUGCAUCUGCCAGAACAAAGAUGAAUCGUCCCACCCAGUUGGCAUGUUUUGGUCCUCAGUCUUCCGAUUCCAAUCAGUGCAGCGAUAGCUUGUUAAAAGUCCCCCAAUCUUCUGAACAUGGCAAAAUUAAUCAACAGGGUUUGAUCGACAAAUUGCUUAAUGACAUGGUGGCUGCCAGCAGAGGAAAGAGUGUGCUGGAUGCAAGUGGAAGGCUUAAUAACGAAGGCACCUCCAAAUCCUAUCAAAACAUUUCGAACCGCUUGCUUAUUGGCCACAUGGACAAAUGUGUAACCAGCAAUGGGUAUUUUGGCAAGAGCGCAGAUGAUGCCUCUCCGCUUGCAUAUCCUGCAAUUGCAUCGGGAAGAGCUAAUAUUCCCGAAGCAACCUCGAACAAUAACUCACCAGCAGAUGCUCGCAAGAUUACUAUCAAAACUGAAGCACAUUCACCUAAGUUUGAACUGCCAGAAACCUUCCCAAGCUUCGAUGGUCUAAAUUGA